GCCUAUGCCCUUAAGGACAAGGCAGGGCCUCUUGUUUCCUGCCUACUUCCAAAGUCCGCCAGCUAGUGGCCCCGGGCAGAGUCUCUCAAUACUAAACAGGAAGUAGAGCUUUCUACAAGGGAUUGAAAGGAAUUACUUGGCUCAUAACCUGGUGGACUCUGGUGCUUUGGGUCUAAGCUCGGAGGUCUUCAGAUCCCACAGUUCACCUUCCUAGAGCACUAAUGGCUGGUGAGCUAAAGCAACUACUGGCCCAUUACUUGAAUCAACUAAAGGCAGAGGAGCUAUGGAAGUUUCAAGAUCUGCUCUUCCGCUCAGCACCCCGUAGGACUUUUCCUGCCGCAACUUCAGCUCAAGCAGACAAGACAUUGGGAGCAAAGGUGGCCUCAGAGUUGAUGGCACAGUAUGGGGAGCAUGAGGGAUGGAACCUGGCCAUAGAAACCUGGGAGCAGAUGGGCCUGACACAUCUACGUCAUAAGGCCCUGGAAAAAGCAUCCUUGAUGUUGGGGGCUCGUGGAUCAGAGAAAGGUUUUUCUUCAAGACAGCUGUCUGAAGAAUAUGUAUACAACAGGAAAGGAACUGAACCAGUCGACUUUCCCCACUUAAGUGAGGAGCCCUGCCCAACACAGUCCUGGAAAACUACAUAUUUCCAUGAAAAAUUCACACAGCUGCUGCUUCUAUGCACACCUCACAUAAGAGAUAAAAAAUACCUGGCCAGUGAAAACUGGAUUCGUGACUCAAUAGUGGAGCAAGGAGAUUUGAUUGAGAUUGAAGACUUAUUUGGGCCUUGCCCAAGCACCCAGAAAGAACCUCACAUAGUAAUACUGUAUGGGGCUGCUGGAAUUGGGAAAUCAACCCUGGCCAGGCAGGUGAGAGGAGCCUGGGAGGAAGGCCGGCUAUUCAGGGACCGCUUCCGGUAUGUCUUCUAUUUCAACUGCAGAGACCUGAACCAGUACAGUGUAAACAGCCUGGAGGAGCUGAUUGCAACAGACUGGGCUUCCACUGUAGUCCCCAUCAAGGACAUCCUGUCUUGUCCAGCACAGGUGCUCUUCAUUCUGGACAACAUGGAUCAGCCAAAAUCAAAAUGGGAGGAUCUAGAUUCUGAGCACCAUCCUCAAGGGAGACACUCACAUCCAGGACCCACAGUGUUGAGCCAUUUACUACGGGGAGUUUUACAUUACAGGGCUUUCUUUCUGAUCACAGUUCGGGCCACAUCUCUAAAAAUGUUCUGUCAUUUUUGGCAGAAGCCACGUUGGGUGGAAGUCUUAGGCUUCUCUGACUCUGGAAGGAAGGACUAUUUCAAGAACUAUUUCACAGAUGAAAGCCACUCAAAUACAGCCUUUAGUUUGGUUGAACCAAACCCAUUGCUCUGGACACAGUGUCUUGUGCCCUGGGUGUGCUGGCUGGUCUGCACCUGCCUGAAGCAACAGAUGGAGCAGGGAGAAGUACACCCCCUGACCUCUCAGACCACCACAGCCCUCUUUCUCCACUACCUCUCCCAGGCCAUCCCAGCUCGGCUCCCAGUGGCCCAGGUUAGGGGCUUGUGCUCUCUGGCUGCUGAGUGCACCUGGAGAAGAAUGACCCUCUUCCAUUCAGAUGAUCUCAGUAAGCACGGGUUAGAAGGGGCCAUCAUCACCAAAUUGGGCUUUCUUCAAAAACACCCUGAUACUUGUAACUACAGCUUCACUCAUCAGAUCUUCCAGGAGUUCUUUGCCUCAGUGUCCUCUCUGUUGGAAAACGCAGAGCAUUUAAAUAAAUACAAAUAUAGUAUCAGAUGGUUAAAGUGGCUAGAAAUUAAACUGUGGAAUGACCUGUUCAGAACACCAAACUUGUGCUUCCUAUCUGGCCUUUUAAGUGACCAGGGGAUCAAAGAGAUGGAGAAGAUCUUCACCUGCCAGCUGCCUCCCAGAAUGAUAUGGGAAGUGCUAAAUUACAUCAAGAAGGAGGCCCUACCUAAGCCACAAUACUCUCUGAACUUCCUCCACUGUUUGUAUGAAACUCAAAAUGAGGAGCUCCUAACACAUGAAAUGGCUCAUUUCCAGGAUACAAGGGUGUGUGUCCGUACAGAUAAGGAACUCCUGCUGGUCACUUUCUGUGUUAAAUUCUGCAAUAACCUGAAGUGGCUUCAACUGAAUGACAGUGAACUGCAGAAAGGAGGACGGAGGCUCCCUGGGAUAGUUGUAUCCACGUGGGCACCACUCACUGAUGCCAGCUGGAAGGUUCUCUUCUCUGUUCUCCAGAUCACUGGCAGCCUGGAAGAGUUGGCCCUAAGUGGAAAUCCACUGAGUCUGUCUGCUGUGCAGAGUCUUGGUGAGACCCUGGGUCACCCUCGCUGCCACCUGAAGACCCUGCGGUUGGCAGGCUGUGGGCUCACAGCUGAGGGCUGCAAGCACCUUGCCUUUGGUCUGAGCACCAGCCAGACCCUGACUGAGCUGGAGUUGGACUUCAACAUGCUAACAGAUGCUGGAGCCCAGCACCUUUGCCUGGGUCUGAAACAUCCAAGCUGCAAACUUCAGAGACUGAGGCUGGUUCACUGCGGCCUCACGUCCAACUGCUGCCAGGACCUGGCCUCUGUGCUCAGCACCAGCCCCAGCCUCAGUGAGUUGGACCUGCAGCAGAAUGAGCUGGGAAGCUAUGGUGUGCAGCUGCUCUGUGAGGGUCUCAGGAACCCCACCUGCCAACUCACACUACUGUGGCUGGACCUCACCCUUCUGAAUGAGGAGGAGCUGAGGGCCCUGAAGCAAGAGAAACCACCGUUGAUCAUCUCCAGCAGACGAAUUCCAGAUACAAGGAUCCUUACUGAAGACCUGGAGGGAGGAGAAGCAAGUUAUAGCACAUCCUCCUUCAAGCAGCAGAGACUACACUCAGGUGACCUGCACAUGGAGACUCUGGACACUGGAGAGUACUUCUGUGGCCCCAUAGGGCCUCUGCCAAUAGAGCUGGUUGACAAAGACAGGAGCCUGUGGCGAGUUCACUUCCCUGUGCCUGGCUACUACCACUGGACCAACAUAUGUCUGGGCUUUGUGGUGAGAAGGGGAGUGACCAUUGAGAUUGAAUUCUGUGCCUGGGACCAAUUCCUGAGUGUAAAUGACCUACAGAACACCUGGAGGGUGGCAGGACCUCUCUUUGAUAUCAAGGCUGAGCAGGGAGCUGUGGCUGCUCUGCACCUCCCUCACUUUGUGGCCUUGGAAGGAAUACAUGUGGACAAAUCUCAGGUGCAAGUGGCCCACUUUAAAGAGGAGGGGAUGCUCCUGGAGAAGCCAGCCAGAGUGGAGUCAUAUUACACAGUCCUGCUAAACCCCACCUUCUCCCCAAUGGGAAUUCUCCUGAAAAUAAUCCCUGCUGCCAGGCACUUCAUCCCCAUCAACUCUACCACAUUGCUCUACCAUAACAUCUAUGCUGAGGAAACCAAGUUCCACCUCUACUUGAUCCCUGAUGACUGCACCAUUCGGCAGGCCAUAGAUGACCAAGAAAGAGACUUUCAGUUUGUGAGGAUACACAAGCCGCCUCCACUCAGCCCCCUUUACAUGGGAACCCGCUACACUGUGUCUGGUUCUGAGACCCUGGAGAUCAUGCCCCAGGAACUAGAGCUCUGCUAUCGAAGCGCCAGAGAAACGCAACUCUUCUGUGAGAUCUAUGUUUGCUCUUUGGGGUCAGGAAUCCGGCUAGAAAUGAGACACAAGGAAGAAGGGACAGUUGUAUGGGAGGCCUUGUUGAGACCAGGGGACCUGAGACCUGCACCCUCUCUAGUUCCUCCACCUGCCAGAGUGUUACCUCCAAGUGCCGGAGACUUGCUGCACUUCGUGGACCAGCAUCGGGAGCAGCUGGUGGCCCGAGUGACUUCGGUGGACUUUGUAUUAGACAAGCUGCUGAGUGAGCAGGUGCUGAGUGAAGAGCAAUAUGAAAGCGUAUGGGCUGAGCCCACCAAGCAAAGAAAGAUGCGGAUGCUGUUCAGCUUCAGCCCAUCUUGGAACGCAGCCUGCAAAAACAAACUUUUCCAAGCACUGUCGGAGAUCCAUCCUCAUCUGAUCACAGAUCUCUGGCAAGAGGGUGACAGAUAUCUCUGGAGCUGAGUUCUGAGUACGAACCUUUCAGUCCUGGCUCUGCAUGACUUUUCUCUCAGCCCGUGUUUCUUCAUCUGCAAAAGUUGCUAUCUGAGUUGCCCACUACCUCUAAAGUUAAGAAUGGAUCUGUGAUUGGGGGCAUAGGUCCAUACCCAGGGAUGCCCCAGACAGCCAAGAUGGCAUCCCUAGGUUUUUGCAGGUUUGAUCUCCAGGUGUGAUAGCAGCAUGUCCAAGAGUGUUCAUCAGGAGUGGGAUGAGACUCCUGAAGACCUUGUAGAGUGGAGUCUCCUGCCCAUAGCACCAAGCUAGAUUCCUCCCACCCCAUGUGCCUGCAGGCAGGCAUAGGAGGAACAUCUUUAGAUUCCCAUUAGCACAAUUAGUUAAUCAAAGGUUCAGCUACUAGUAUCCCCAUGCCCAUUGUCUUGGGCAAAGCAAAAGGUUCCUAUUAGUUUGACAUCAUCAAACACACCGUUGCACUUGUUCAUGCAUGCAUCCAGUGGAGGGAAGUGUACUAAAAUGCCAACACAUUGUAAGUAAAUGGAUGCAACUAGAGACCAUACUCGUAAGUUUAAUAAAUUGGACCCACGUGAGUAAACAUCGUAUU